UCCACACGGGGAGGAGAAGAGGACUAUCGGACAGGGCCAGUUUGCUGUCCGCCCGCUACCCGCCUGCUGCUGGGUGAAGAAGUUCCUGACGGUCUGCUCACCACUGCCCUACCUGGGCCCUGGGAGCUUCUCCACCAGGACCCUGGUGCCCAGUGUCCAUCCUCAUCCGGCUGAGAGUUCUCCUUCCGCUCAGCGGACGCCGCGGGCAUGGACUAUUCCUAUGACGAGGACCUGGACGAGCUGUGUCCGGUGUGUGGUGACAAGGUGUCGGGCUAUCACUACGGGCUGCUCACGUGUGAGAGCUGCAAGGGCUUCUUCAAGCGCACAGUCCAGAACAACAAGCAUUACACGUGCACCGAGAGUCAGAGCUGCAAAAUCGACAAGACGCAGCGUAAGCGCUGUCCCUUCUGCCGCUUCCAGAAGUGUCUGACGGUGGGCAUGCGCCUGGAAGCUGUGCGUGCUGAUCGAAUGAGGGGCGGUCGGAACAAGUUUGGGCCCAUGUACAAGAGGGACCGAGCCUUGAAGCAGCAGAAGAAAGCACAGAUUCGGGCCAAUGGCUUCAAGCUGGAGACUGGACCCCCGAUGGGGGUGCCCCCGCCGCCCCCUCCCCCUCCGGACUACAUGCUACCCCCUGGCCUGCAUGCCCCUGAGCCCAAGGCCUUGGUCUCUGGCCCACCCACUGGGCCACUGGGUGAUUUUGGAGCCCCAGCUCUGCCCAUGGCUGUGCCUGGUACCCAUGGGCCUCUGGCUGGCUACCUCUAUCCUGCCUUCUCUAACCGCACCAUCAAAUCUGAGUAUCCAGAGCCCUAUGCCAGCCCCCCUCAGCAGCCAGGGCCACCCUACAGCUAUCCAGAGCCCUUCUCAGGAGGGCCCAACGUACCAGAGCUCAUACUGCAGCUGCUGCAGCUAGAGCCAGAGGAGGACCAGGUGCGUGCCCGCAUAGUGGGCUGCCUGCAGGAGCCAACCAAAAGUCGCUCUGACCAGCCAGCGCACUUCAGCCUCCUCUGCAGGAUGGCUGACCAGACCUUCAUCUCCAUUGUCGACUGGGCACGAAGGUGCAUGGUGUUCAAGGAGCUGGAGGUGGCUGACCAGAUGACACUGCUGCAGAACUGCUGGAGUGAGCUGCUGGUGUUGGACCACAUCUACCGCCAGGUCCAGUACGGCAAGGAGGACAGCAUCCUGCUGGUCACUGGGCAGGAGGUGGAGCUGAGCACAGUGGCGGUGCAGGCUGGCUCCCUGCUUCACAGCCUGGUGCUGCGGGCACAGGAACUAGUGCUACAGCUGCAUGCACUGCAGUUGGACCGCCAGGAGUUCGUCUGUCUCAAGUUCCUCAUCCUCUUCAGCCUCGAUGUGAAAUUCCUGAACAACCACAGCCUGGUGAAGGAUGCCCAGGAGAAAGCCAACGCCGCCCUGCUGGAUUACACCUUGUGUCACUACCCGCACUGCGGGGACAAAUUCCAGCAGUUACUACUGUGCCUGGUGGAGGUGAGGGCACUGAGCAUGCAGGCCAAGGAGUACCUGUACCACAAGCAUUUGGGCAAUGAGAUGCCCCGCAACAACCUUCUCAUUGAGAUGCUGCAGGCCAAGCAGACUUGAGCCUGGGCACCUGGCGGCAGGCAGUAGGUAGGGAUACCACUGCCUCCAAAUGACUCAUUGCAUUAGAUGAUCCGGGAGCCCUGCCCCUAGGUCCCUGCCCUUGAACUCCAGAGCUGUGUGUUUGGGAUGGCAGGCAAAGAUGGGCAGGGUCUGCCUGGGGCAGGUUGCCCUCACCAGCCACUGGCACGUAUCUGCCACUUAGAGUGCCCCAAAGAGGUGGCUUCUAACCACUCCUUCUUCCACCUGCCCCCAGCUUCUUUCCUGGAAUCUGAGGUCCAGGUCCAGGGAGGAGGUUUGGGAUUCCCUGGUGGACCUUGACGUCCCUUGGGUCAGAGGUCAUCCUUUCCCUCUCUCCUGUAAUGGGAGGCAGGGCAGGGGAGGGGUCUCCAGACUUCCUCCGAAGAAGAGAAGGAAGUCCACUGCUGUACACUGAGUCUGCUAAAUUGGGUAGGGCCUGUUUUCCCUAGAGGGCAAAAAGACCCCUCUCCAGCCCUCCACCUGUCUAACUCUGAUCCAUUCCCUGAAAAAGGCUUUGCUGUAACCAUCUUCCCAGCUGUGACCUGGGGGGGCGGAGAGUCUGGUGGAGUCAACAGUCUUGCCCCGGCCCAGCCCAGUCACUACCGGCUGGGCUGGUACCUGCGGGGCUGCAGUCACCAAGAUUCUUUGGUAUUUGCUUUUCCUUUCCUGCUAGACAGUCCUUGGAAGGUGUGUGAGAGAGAAACAGCCCGAGACAGACUGAGGGCACCAAAGUUUUCCUGGUAUCUCUUUCCAAGAGUCAAGGUGGCACCCGCUCAUCUUUGUGUACCCUGCUCACUCCAGAGAGCUGUAGCUUGCCCUCCACCUUCUCUACUAGGACAACAGCAGGAGACCAGCAGUGGCCUAGAGUCCCUGCGGGG